UGUGAUUGUUAUCCCCUUAUCUCAUCGAAUAAACAAUUAUUUCAAAUUAAGCAAUUAUUUCUUAUCUCAUUGAAUAGGCAAAUGUUAAGUAUAUAACGACGUAAAGUCACAUAUUUAUGCGAAUAUUUAUGGCUUAAAGUGACGAAAAGGAGUGUAUCAAAUUGGAUGGAUCACAUUGCACAAGAUAUUUAAAUAAAAUAAGACCUUAAAAUGGCUUCGAGAUCAGAAGAUCCAGAAAUUACAGAAUCCAGAGGAAAAGAGAGAAACACAGGGAAAAGUGACGGGUUUGGCAGAUUAUUGAUAAAGUUUCUAGCCAUUUAUUGGCGAUCUUUCAUUGUGAUAUUAUGGCCAUUAAUCCUAAUUCCAAUAUUGAUUCUCGAAAGUGAAAAACCUGUCGCAAUGAAAUGUUUAUACAUCAUCGCGUUAAUGGCGAUGUUCUGGGUGACAGAGGUCUUGCCAUUGCCCAUCACAGGUAUGAUUCCGGUGGUCUUAUACCCGCUAAUGGGUAUUAUGUCUACCAAUGAGACUUGUUUAUGCUACAUGAACGAUACCACAAUGAUGUUUCUGGGCAGUUUGGUAAUCGCUGUGGUUAUUGAAAACUCCGGCUUGCACAUGCGAAUGGCAUUACUCAUCAUCAGAAUUAUUGGCUGCAGUCAUCGAAGAUUAACAUUAGGUUUAUUUUUCGUAACGAUGUUCAUUUCAAUGUGGAUUUCAAACACUGCCGCUACAGCCAUGAUGAUACCGAUAAUGGAAACUGUUCUCAUGGAGCUUGAAUCGCAAGGACUUGGAAACAUGUUCGUACAAAAGGAUGGAGUGGCCGAAGAGGAAGGCAGGGAAAUCAAAAGGCCAACGCAUAGUACAAUGGUAUAUUAUCUCGUCGCGGCUUACGCAUCUACUCUCGGUGGUACCGGCACUAUUGUGGGAAGCGGUACCAAUUUAACAUUAAAGGGAUUUUUAGAAAAGCGUUUUCCCAACAGUCCCGGUAUAAAUUUCGCCUCUUGGAUGUUAUAUUCGGUGCCACCCAUGCUGUUAAUGGGUUUGCUCACAUGGUUGUGGCUGCAGGUGAUGUACAUGGGUCUUUUUAGACCAGAAAGCAAAGAUGCUCGUGCGAUAGAUAUUGGACAACAAGGCGAGCGUAUUGCAGCGGGAGUUAUUGAGAAAAGGUACAAAGAACUUGGACCGAUCUCGUGGCAUGAGUUCUCCGUGGGUGUCUUAUUUAUUUUUGUGGUGCUCUUAUGGUUCUUUAGAAGCCCUGGUUUUAUGCCGGGCUGGGCUGCUUAUGUUACGAACUUGUCUGUUAAGGAUUCGACAGCAGCCGCAUGUGUAACGAUACUGUUUUUUAUUAUUCCGUCGAAAUUGGACUUUUUAUAUGCAUUCAGUAAAGAUCCGCGUAAACGACCCACAAAAGCAUCGCUUAGUUUAAUAACUUGGAAAAUGAUAAACGAGAAAAUGCAUUGGAGUCUAAUAUUCGUGUUAGGUGGUGGGUUUGCCAUCUCAGCAGGUAGCACUUCAUCAGGUCUGUCAGAAAUGCUCGGUCACUAUCUAAUAGGUUUACAAAAGAUUAACGUGGUAGCAAUAAUGCUGAUUGUCUGCUUCUUUGCCGAGAACGUAACGGAAUUAACAGCUAACGUGGCCGUUGCGAAUAUUAUACUGCCAGUAUUAGCGGAGAUGUGUGUGGCUAUUAAAAUACAUCCUUUGUAUUUAAUGCUGCCAGCAACUCUCUGCUGCUCCUUUUCGUUCCAUCUACCAGUAGGUACUCCACCAAAUGCAAUUGCUAGUGCCGCGGGACACGUAAAGACAAAAGAUUUUAUGAUUGCUGGUAUCGGUCCUAGCAUUAUCACGCUCAUUGUCACUGUAAUAGCGUUCUCUACUUGGGGUGAAUACGUAUUUAACCUAUCGGAUUUCUCCGAAUGGGCCACGUAGCAGUACUUAUAUAGUAUAAACAUUCUUUUAUUCGGUAUAUUUCAUUAUCAUUCCGCCAAAGAGCGAAGAAUGAUCUUCACAACGACAAGAGUACUACUCGCAUUAUAUA